ACUAGGUGCCGUUGAAGUAGUUAUAACCUAAUUCUUGUUUCUUAAGCUAUGAGGACAGCGCAUAGAAAUUCCAAUUUGCGAUGCAUGACUUCAUAUCCCGUGGCCGAAGAAGUGACUGCACGUCAUGAAGCAUCGCGUUGAAACUCUGUUUGUGUGAAAACCAGAGAUCAUUUAAGGGACAACCCAGGACCUAGAAUUUGACCUGUGCACGCUCACACAUACUCGUUUCUCAUCAAGCAUACUUCAUUUCACUAAUACAGCCUCAAAUCUAAAGAUAUUCGAAAAGAAAGAAGAAUUUUUCGUAACUCCCCAGACCAUCCAAGCAUGUCAGAUAAUUCAGGCAACCAAGGCGGAGGCGGCGGGCUCUUCGGCAGCGUUACUAGCGGCUUCGACAACGUCCUCACAGGCGGCGACAAGGCUAAGGGUCAGGGAGGACUUGUCGGAGGCCUGAGUGGAGCGGUUGGCAAAACGACAGAAAGUGCUGGAAACGCGCUCAACCAAACGACCGAAGGAGUUGGUAACACUGCCGGCUCGGCAACUGAGGGGGUUAAAAACGCUGGCAAAGGUGUUACCAAUACGCUCGAUAAUACCGUCAAGGGAGUUACAGGCUCGGGACAGAAGUAAUAUAACGAUUUAUUUUGCUACUUCCUGUCCGGGAUGAUAUUGAGUCUGAAAUGAUAAUGAGAGCGCGAACUCUUUACGAACGUUUGGAUUUAUUGAGUACACGAGCAAAGGGUGUAUAUCGGGUCAGGAGGAACAUGAAGUUUAUCACCAUAUUUAUCACCAUAGUCCGAUAGGCAUCAUAAGCUUGAAUUAAUUUUGCCCGUACAUACUAGCGAAAACAAUUCGACUGAGCAAAGCAGUGUGAUGCGAUUGCGUGCUUGUUAACCUAUCGCGACAGUUUGUUUAUGUUGUAGGUAAAACGCUAUGGUAAA